GAUCUUUCAUGACUAUAGCGACGUUCCCACUUUUUAACUCUUUUUUUCAACUUGCCGUAAGCGAGAAAAAUCGGAAGCCAGGUCAAGAUGAAGCGAGCUCGACGUCCUAAUGCUGCAAAUAAUAAAUCAUUCGUCUCCGGUGGUAUUUACAACCCCAAUGCCAUCGACAAGCCUUUGAUUCAACAGCCAUUGCAGUCCAUUGAUGCCAAAAAGGAUCAGGACACUCCAGUAACUGAUCAUGAGCUGCCGGCUACUGACCCAGUUUCAGUGGCGGCUGAGCCUGUCCAGAAGAGGGUGCCGGACGCAGCUGCCAUCUCCGCGAAGCUACCCAUGCCAAUUAUCGUCAAGGAGGAGCCAACAGAGGUAUUUGCCGAGGAAGAUGGACGCAACGAGGAGUUAUCUAUAGACAUCAGCGUAGAGAAAGGAAGUGGUAUCGGCGGAAAGAUCCCCUUUAAGAAGAUCUUUCAAAAACGCAAGAAGUCCUCUGAACGCACUCGGGACAAGAAGCAACGCCAGAACCGUCAAUUGCGAAAGUCCAUGCUGCCGAAGAACGCCUUGAUGGCCCUCAACGAAGUGAGGGGCGUGACUAUUAGCGAUUUCACUAUCGACAACAAUCCCGAUGGAGGAUUUACGGCAGUAGUCACGGUGAACUCUAAUCAAUAUGAGGGCAAGGGUCUUUCCAAGAUGUCAGCUAAAAAUGCUGCCUGUGAAAAAGCGUGGCGCGACUUCAUCAUUGCAAAGAUGACGCCCAAGCCUCCCAGACUUCAAGCAAGAAAAGGUGAAAACGAAGAAGAAGCCAUGGAAACCAACGAGGAAGAUGUUGACGGGCCGGAGGAUGAUCUGCCUAUGCUAAAUCUGGCGUCUUUUGCCAUUUACAAAUUGUUUGCCGAGUGGCAGCGCGAAGGCUAUGUCGUUCCCGAGAUGCAUCCAUCGGUCAAUGCUGCUCCUCCAGCGAGAGGGGAAACGGCACCAUCUGUUCCCGCGAUGCCGAAGGAGCCUAAAAAACCGCUUGUGCGCACCGAGUUACCCUCCGGCUGGGAAACCAUGCACCCAGCUACCAUUCUUUGCAUUAUGCGCCCUGGGCUCAUUUACGUGGACCACGGAGCCUCUGGGGAUAAGCCCAAUGUAUUGCAACAUCUUGGAAUAAUUGUGGAUAACCAAGAGUUCACCGCUAACGGGAGAUCCAAGAAGAUAGCCCGUCGCAGUGUAGCCGUGAAAGUGUGCAACACUUUGUUCGGAACAAACUUCACGUAUAGUGACAUUUCAUCUUAAGAAGUGUCUGAUUAAACAAAUGAGAAACGGGUUAUGAAUCAUGAAAUUUCACAUGUUAAAGCUAUAUGUAAUUUUUUAAAGUAAACUUUUUUGUUUUUCUAACUUGAUGGUGAUUAACAACUAAAUUUUUUCAAUUUACUUUCAAUGAAUAUUUCCUACAUACAUUUUUUCAUUUAUCUGCUCCGCAAAACUAAAUCAUAUAGAAAUUAGUCGUGUAGAUUAUUCGUUUUAAAGUUCUCAUUAUCGCGCAAAAUACAAUUCUUUUGAGCAAUAUUAAACAUAAGAUCAACAACAUGUAAAAGAGCACAAUAUAUAUUUUCAAGAACAUGUCUCUGAAGUCUCGGUCACUCGAAGGUUUUUGGUUUGCAGAUGAAACCGAUUCAUAGAAGUUCGAUUUCCUUACACAAUUCUUAAAGACGUAAAUCGAUGGCUCAUGAAUACAUAAACCUAGAUAAAAAAUUAUUUUUAAAUUGUUUUUCUAAACAAUCUUUGAAUAUUUGUAUUUGUUAUUUUUAAGAAAUAUUUGAAGGCCUAGAAGGUGCACUCGAUAAUAUUUUAAAGAAUGUUUAAAAAAUGAACUACUUUUGAAAUUGAAACCGAAAAACGCAGUAUUGUUUCUAUCUUUAAAUCAUAUUUUUAUAGAUUAAAAACACGGUAAACAUUUGGUAGUAUAGGUAAAAACAAUUUUUGGAUAUCCAAAAUUGUAUAAUCUUAUUCUUACCUGUUAACCAUAUUAGGAAAAAUUACGUUAAACACUUAAAUUUUAAGAACUGUGAACAAGUACCCUAUAAUUUAUGUUGGCCUACAACAAGGCAACCGUUAAGUGAAGUGAAGGUAUAGAAUGAAUAUUAACGAAAUUAAUAAAAAUUAUAAACAAAAAAUUA